AUGUCAAACAAUCCGUUCGCUUCGGCCCUCACUGAUAAUUUCAGUAACAGCCGUCAUGAUACCCCUCCCCCUUCGCGGGGCUACUCCAGAAAAGACCCACCGGCACGUCCUCCCAAGCCAGAUGCGGUCUCUCCUCCUAGCUAUGAAGAAGUCGCAGGCAGAGAAAAGCUGCGGUCAGAAUACCCUCGUGAGAAAAGCUCGUCUUCGUCGUCACAUCUGUCAGGCAGGCGCCAUAUGUCUCCUCCCGUAGCUGCGCCUCACUCGUCAAGACCCCACAGGUCUCAUAGUGACGCUCCAAAAUCCUCUUCUAGGCAUCAUCACAGAGAUAGAGACCACGAGAAGUCACAUCGCGACCGCGAUCGCGACAGAGAUCGGGAUCGUCAUCAUAAAUCGUCGAGAAACAAGUCUCCUAAGAAAACUGAAAUCGUCAAGGCUAAGAAUUUGGAUACCAUUGACAAGUUGGAUGUUACAGGAUUCUUUGGUGGUAACUUCCAUCAUGACGGACCCUUUGAUGCUUGUACGCCUCACAGAAACAAAAACUCAAAGAAGGCUCCGGUCAUGGCAUUCCCUGUGGAUGGGCCCAAUAACUCUAUUAAGGGGAUGCACGGGAACGUCGAUAAGGACCAGCAAAUGAACCUUGCCUUUGGUAACUACGAGGAAAACUCAGGAAGACCAGAUGCUGUUCCUGUGAUCAAGACAAACCGUACGGAAGAUGACCCGCAGUCCACGAUGUACACCCCCAAGCAAAAUCCUUCGGUGACGAAUUUUGACUCUACUGGAAAACUACAGCCCGUCCAUGGAUCUGUUACUGAAGGUUUGGGAUCGUCUACGUUUGUUGAUGGUGCCCCAGCUCCUAAAACUGGCCAUGAUGACUACUUGAGUGUGAGUGGAGGUGGAUUGGGUCGCAAAAAGUCGUUGGUGCAAAGGUUGCGGAAGAACAGCAGCAGUGAGAGUAAUACGCGAAGAAACUCUCAUGACACAUCCGUUGCCGGCAACGGCGACGGCAGAAGACCAUCAUUGGGCGGAUUUGACAGUGAUGAGAAUAGUGGAUCUUCACUCAUACGAAGGGUCAAAAGUUUGAAGGUUGGCAGACGAUAA